AUGCAAUCUUCUUCUCAUAAGCGACUAUGUAUCUCCGGUGCCAGAGAUCGUGCUUUAGUUGUUUGGGAUAUAGAUGUUAUGGAGAAUGAGGCCGUUGAAGAGAAGUGGAAAGUUUAUGAAGUUCUGGAUUCUCAUCAACUUGUAAACGAACACGAAGUGAAUGCGGCAGCAUUGUGUGUUAUAAAUGACGAGCAAACAGCGAUAUGUGCAUGUGCUUCGUUUGAUGGCCUAGUGACCGUCCUUGAUCCUCGAAAUUCGCUGCAGAAAAUCACUCAAAUGUCUUAUCAUCGCAGUGCCGUUUACGAUCUCGCUCAAUUGCCUGGCAGUAAUUAUCUCUAUUCGUCCGGUGCAGAUGGCAGGAUUGUACGUGUGGAUAAGCGUAUGUGGAAAACUGUGAGCGAAAUGCAACUGAGAACAUCAUACUCGCGGAGCUUAUCAGUGCUAGAGGGACAGCUCUCUUGUGGUACUGCCGACGGAAAAAUACUUUCUCUCGAUCCGGAGAGUUUGGAGAUCUUGAAUGAAAUGAUUCGACAGAUACGACUGAACAUGGGCAGCCAAAUGUGCAUCACAAAAAAUCGUCGUCUGAUGGUUUUUACACCGGGAUUACGCCCUAAACUUCUCUACACUUUGGAUCGAUUUGAUGCCGAACCUUCCAGGGCAAGUGUUCACCUGUUUUAG